AUGGCAAGCCGCACUUACGCAGACGCCGUCGCUGCCUUGAAUACGUUGCAGACUAAUUUCGCUAUUGUCGACGCCAUCAGGAAUUCUGGCAAGGGCAUGAACAAGAACUCUAUACCUGAGAUGGUAGAGUGGUGCCGCAGGAUCGGAUAUGAGCCUUCGGAUUUCAACCGGCUGAAUGCUAUACACAUUGCCGGGACCAAAGGCAAGGGUUCGACCAGUGCGUUCAUCUCUUCUAUGCUGGGUCAAUAUCGCUUCCCCUCUACCCGGAAGCCCGAAAGACCACUGCUCCGUAAAAUCGGUCUCUACACCUCACCACACCUCCGAUAUGUUCGUGAGCGCAUCCAGAUCAACAACCAGCCUCUGUCGGAAGAAGCCUUUGCUAGAUAUUUCUUCGAGACAUGGGACCGAUUAGAGGAGGCAGCAAGGGCCAAAGGCGAGCCGCCAGAUACAACCGCGAAGCCGGGCUACUUUAGGUUCUUGACGCUCAUGGCAUAUCAUACGUACAUGAGCGAGGGCGUCGAUACCGCAAUCACUGAAUGCGGCAUUGGCGGGGAAUACGAUAGCACAAACGUCCUCGUCAAGCCUACCGUCACUGGCAUCACGAGUUUGGGAAUCGAUCACACGGCUAUGCUGGGGAACACAGUUGAAGAAAUUGCGUGGCAUAAGGGGGGCAUAAUGAAGGCCAGCGCUCCUUGUUUUACAGCUCCUCAGCCUCCAGCUGCCAUCGAGGUUCUCCAAAAGCGUGCGGAUGAGGUCCCUACAAAGCUCCAUGUGGUCGGCAGAAACCCUUUACUUGAGGAUGUCAAGCUUGGGCUGGCCGCCGACUUCCAAAAGAUCAACGCCAGCCUCGCUGUGGCCAUCGCGGAUGCCCACCUCGUGGCUCUCGGCCAAGAAAAUCGCAAGCGCCAAGACGACAUGCUUCCUCCAGAAUUCAUCCGCGGCCUCGAAGAGGUGCGCUGGCCCGGCCGCUGCGAAACCCGCCGCGAGAAGAACAUCGCGUGGCACAUAGACGGCGGCCACACGCUCGAGAGCAUCGAAGUCGCAGGCUCCUGGUUCGCUUCUCAAAUCCCUCCCGCCCGAUCGCGGAAACGGACGCGCAUCCUCCUCUUCAACCAACAAACCCGCGACGCCAACGCGCUCGCCAAAGCUCUCCACCGCACCCUCGCCUCCGCUCUACAAGACGAGCAACCUUUUACACAUGCGGUUUUCUGCACCAACAUGACCUUCAGGGAGGAGGGGUACAGGCCUGAUCUUAUGAGUAUGAAUACUAGCGCUGCAGCCGCUGAAAAGCUGGAUGUGCAAAGAGGCUUAGCGGAGACGUGGAGGGGGGUUGAUCCUCAGACCAUAGUCGAGGUGAAGCUGAGUAUUGAAGAGGCGGUGGGGUGGUGUAAGGAUGUUGCAGGGGUGGAAAAGGGGGAUGCGGAGGGAGAGGUGAUGGUGCUGGUGACGGGAAGCGUGCAUCUGGUUGGGGGAUUCCUAGAGGUUUUGGAGACGGGCAAGGCUUAG